CAGGGAGGCUACGUGUUUCCGUUUCCUGUUGGCUGCGGCUGUACACAGAGCGGCAGCAUGAGUCCGGAUGAGGAGUACGAGUCUCCGAGCGGAGAUGAUGAGGCACCCGAAGAGGUGACUUUUCAGAGCGCUAAGAACCAGGCGGAGGAGAACACGAGGAAACGGCAGCAAGCCAGCAAGAGGGAGAAGGCACUGCUGAAAGAGAAGAGAAAACUCAAGGAGGAGCUGUUUAAAGAACAAAAGAAGAGGAAGUUGCUCUCUCAGGACAUCCUUCAGACCAUUGCUUCUACUCCAGGGCCGGAGGAGAAGCCUAAAGAUGCAGUUGAGAUACAGAAUCAAGAUGAUACAGAAGCAAAGAAUCAUGCCAAGAAAACAAAGGAAAAGAAGCUGUUGCCUAAAAAAAGGCUGCAAAACAACUACAGUGUAGUGCAUUUGGAAGAUUACAGUAUGAUACAGCUACAAGAGCAGAAAGCAAAAAAAUUCAUUCAGAAGAAAUUGUAUGGCAAAGGAAAAAACAGGACAACAGCCAAUGAAUUUCUGUCAAUGACAAGCAAACGAGAAGCAUUUAAAAAACCUGCAGUCCUGUUUACAGACAGUAAUUGGGCCAAAGAUGAGAAGAUAAAAGCAGAAAAGUUCACCGUUGCUUGGAGAAACAGACGAAAACUGUGAAGUUACCUGGAAGAAAGGUGGAUUUAAUUUAAAAGGACUAACACCUUAAACAAUAUUGUUUCCCAAGCAGGCACAACGCUUUUUAGUUUGUACAGCGUUUAUAGACUGAUAUGAAACAUCUUGCAUUGCUUUGGUCAAAGACUAGCCAAAAUUCCCUGCCCUCUCCUUCGCAUUGUUUCUUUUAAAAUAUAACAUGUUUAUGGGAUGGGGAAGUUGCUGCUAUUUGCUGUACAGAAAGUGAAUGUUUAGUUUUAUAUCUUACCUAGUGACUGUGUGUGUGUGGCACAACCCUGUUUUCUUUCAUUAAAAAAACCAAAUUAAAUAAAGUUGUGAGUUAUUGCUGCA